AUGUCAAGUGAAUCUUCAUCUCCCUAUGAUCUUCUUUGUCAUGAAGAUUUUCGAGGUGAAUUGGCAGUAGCAGAUGAAGACGAUGCAUACAUUGAUAUUACGCGGACAUACGUUGGUGAUCCAGAUACGGGAGAUGAGUAUUUGACGUUGUUGGCUAAUCGGGAGCCUCAUCGCGGUUUCAAUGCUAAUGAAACUUUGGUUCUUGAUUCCUGGUUAAGAAAUGCUCGAUUGGAAGCGAUUACAUGGAUUCUCAGCGAAGAUGUGUUUCGAUGUUACAUUCUACUGCGGCAAUUAGAUGUGGAAAAUAUUCGUACACCAAAUAAUGUAAAUUCGGCUAGUAGGAGUUCUUUGGUUAAUGGCAUCGCGAGAAGAAGGCUGACUUUUGAUAACGAUGGUCCUGUUUAA